AUGAAGUCCCUGCUCUUCAGCCGCUUCCUCCUGCUGCUGCCCUGGGUGCUCAUCGUCAUCAUCGUGCUGGACAUCGACAGCAGCCGGGCGCCGCUGCCCGCCCGAGCCCCCCGGGGCGGCGCGGCCGGUAGCGGGGAGCCCCGUUCGGCUGCGGCGCGGCCCCCGCCGCAGCGGCGCCCCGAGGCGGCGCUCCCCACCAUCUAUGCCAUCACGCCCACCUACAGCCGCCCGGUGCAGAAGGCCGAGCUCACCCGCCUGGCCAACACCUUCCGGCAGGUGGCGCGGCUGCACUGGAUCCUGGUGGAGGACGCGGCAGCGCGCAGCGAGCUGGUGACCCGGUUCGUGGCGGGCGCCGGGCUGCCCUGCACGCACCUGCACGUCCCCACGCCGCGCCGCUACAAGCGGCCGGGGCUACCCCGCGCCACCGAGCAGCGCAACGCAGGCCUGGCCUGGCUGCGGCAGCGGCACCAGCAUCUGCCGCCCCCCCAGCCCGGGGUGCUCUUCUUCGCCGACGACGACAACACCUACAGUCUGGAGCUGUUCCAGGAGAUGCGGACGACCCGCAAAGUCUCGGUGUGGCCCGUGGGAUUGGUAGGAGGACGAAGGUACGAGCGCCCGGUCGUGGAGAACGGCAAAGUGGUCGGCUGGUACACGGGCUGGCGAGCUGACAGGCCCUUUGCUAUUGACAUGGCAGGAUUUGCUGUGAGUCUUCAAGUGAUUCUGUCGCAUCCGAAAGCCGUAUUCAAGCGGCGCGGUUCUCAACCGGGAAUGCAAGAAUCUGAUUUCCUGAAACAGAUAACAACAGUGGAGGAACUGGAGCCAAAAGCAAACAACUGCACAAAGGUUCUUGUAUGGCACACGCGAACAGAAAAAGUAAAUCUAGCUAAUGAGCCAAAAUACCACCUGGACACAGUCACCAUUGAGGUAUGACGCAGAGAUACAGUUACACAGAAGUACAGUACAGUGGAUGUGUCAGAAGGUGUUUUAAUUCAGCCAGUUAAAACAGUCUGCUUCUGUGUGAGACCUUUAAACAGGCAGCUGAUGGACUCCUGUGGAAGCAAAAGGAAGCUGUCAGAUACUCUAAUAAGCAAAUCAAGUGGGUGUGCUUCGUUCUAACUUGUUUGCAUGCAUUUCUGAACUCUCAUCUUAAUAAACUGACACCUUUGUUUUAAGGCUGUUUCCACAUAGUAAAAAGAAUCUAAGAGAAAUUUGGCUGCACUGGAAUAUUUUCAAAAUCACCAUUUAUGUAUAUACUUUUUGUAUUUAUCCAGCUUAAUGGUGUAAUUAUAAACUGUUUUAACUCAUGAACUGCUGAUUUAAAUAUCUGCAUAAAUAGAUCCUCCUCCAAA